CAUGGAAGUUCAAUAGAGAGAGGGAGAGAGAGAGAGAGAGAGCAGUAAAGAGAAAAGGCGACUAACAAGAGAGAGAGAGGGAAAGAGAAUACGCUAACCCCUUGUUGCUGCCACAACACAAGAAAACAAAACAAAUAAGCAACCUUCUCCCCCUCCCUCUCCCUCUCCCUCUCCUCAUCAAUCAAGCCUUGUUUUUCACUCAUCAUCUCUUCUUCUCCUCCAACCAAACUAACCCCAAAAGUUUCCUGCUUUCUUUCCUUCCUUCUCUCUCUCUCUCUGUCUUUGAUUGUGGGGGUGCUAGCUUGCUGGAGAGACCUAUCAAUGGAGAAUUCAACAAGGCUAGUACAAGAGAACAGGAACAAUCUCCCAUCUCCUUUAAACUCCCCACAUGGCAAUGGAAACAACAGCAAUGGUGUUGUCCAAAUCCACACCCCACCCCUCACUCCAAUUCCAAUCUCCAGAUCUGAAACCAACCCUUACCCAACAACCUUUGUCCAAGCUGACACAACUACUUUCAAACAGGUUGUCCAAAUGCUCACUGGCUCAUCAGAAACUGCUAAACAGGCCUCCUCUAAAACUCCAACACAACAACAAAACCAACAUCAUCAUCAGCAGCAGCAGCAAGAUCCACCAUUACCAUCAAAAUCAUCCUUUCCUAUACCUCCCAUCAAAACCAACUCUCCCAAGAAACAAAAUUUCAAACUUUAUGAGAGAAGAAACAGUAACCUCAAAAACACCCUCAUGAUCAACACUUUAUUCCCUUCUAGUGUUACAAACAGCAGCAGUUUUUCUUCACCGAGGAAUACGGAGAUCCUCUCUCCAAGCUUGCUUGACUUCCCAAAGCUAGCUCUUAGCCCAGUCACGCCAUUAAAUAUGGACCCUUUCAACAAGUCUUCACCUUCUUUGGGGAAUUCGUCAGAGGAAGAGAAAGCUAUAGCUGAGAAAGGUUUUUACUUGCAUCCAUCACCUAUGUCAACUCCCAGAGACACUGAGCCUCAGCUUUUGCCUCUGUUUCCAGUUACUUCACCAAAAGUUUCAGGUUCUUCUUAAGAAUUGAAAGAAGAGGACGAAGAAGAAGAAGGUGGUUAUGUAAUUCGAGAGUGAUUUAUCAAGAGGUUUAAUGGGUUUUGGCUGAAUUUGAGUGAAAAAAAGAGGUGGAUGAUCUUUCUUCAAUUGUAUGAUUUGAUCUCUCUUUGAUUAUGGUAAAGCUCUUUCUUUUUUUUUACCUUCUUUUCAAAAUCUUCUUUCUUUUUUUGUUUUUCCUUAAUUUUGGUUUCGUACUUAAAACUAUUAAAACUAGAUUAAUUCUCCGUAGAUGCUAUGAGAAAAAUGACUAAUUUUCUCUAGUUCUUCUUUUCUGUUUAGCAUAUUGAACAAGUCAAUUUCUUUCUUUUUUUUUUCUUUGGGCGGUUGUGUUGGCCUAGGAAAGAAGCAGGUCAUUUACUUCUACCUUUCUUUUCCUUUGCAUAAUUUGACUUACAUGAACCUAA